UAUGCAGGAGGUGGCCAGAGCAGUACUGGUAUGAGUUCAGUUAAUUACAUUGAAGGUUUCACUCCUGUCAAAUCUAUUGGGUCUACUGCUUUCUCUUACAUGAUGAUACCAUCACCCAACAUGCGCUUUCUUCACCCAAGUCCUCUCCAGCUUCCUACAUGUUUAACUGCCGAGUCACCUCCACUUGCUCACCUCCUUCACAGCAAAGGAUGUGCAAUCCCCUUGUCUACCGGAUUUGUUGUUUCAAAAGCUGUGCCUUCCAUGAGAAAAGACUCGAGAAUUAACGUGAAAGAAGAAUGGCCAUCAGUUCUUUCUGUAAGUCUCGUAGACUAUUAUGGUGGUUACGACCAUGCUCAUGACAAAAUUCUUCAAGGAAUCAUGAAGCAGGGAGGAGGGACCAAAGAAACUAGAGAUUUUGAGGUUGAAAGCCAUCUUAUCCUCGAGUCAAUUGCGGCAGAACUCCAUGCUCUAUCAUGGAUGACUGUUAGUCCAGCAUAUCUGGACAGGCGUACGGCAUUGCCAUUUCACUGUGAUAUGGUUCUGAGAUUGAGACGUCUGCUUCAUUUUGCGGACAAAGAACUCUCCAGGCUACCGGAUAAGUCAAGGGUUUAA